UCUGCCUGUUGAGACUUCUCCUCCCGGCCGACUACCAACCGUCCGCCCGCUGCUUCCCCUCGACCCGGCUACCACCGCCCCCAACCCCCCACCCCCCUCUACGGUCCCUCCCCGUGCUAUGACGCUGGGGUGGGAAGGAAGCUCGGACACAACUGGAUCGGCGACCCUUCGGUGGACACAGUGAGACCGGCUGCUCCAACAAAGGCUCCUGGAUGCGGUGUCUCCUGCGGCUCCGAUGAAAGAGGACGAGCACGUUGUCAGGAUGAAGGAGGAGAAUCUGUUCCAUCGGAGGUUUUCUCUGUGCCCCAACGCCACCUCCCCCCCUACAAUUGACCCUCCCACACUCACCCGGAACUUGUCUUAUGAAGGAGACAACGACUUCUACAGCCUCAGCCCAGCAGGCAGUGACACAGACAGGAACGGGCUCUCCAUGCUGAGUAAUGAACUCAGUCCGGCCCAAUCACCAGGCAGCCAGUCGGAGUCCAGGAUGUUUAAUGGUGUUGAGAAGGAGUGCCCCUCCCCCACAGAGAAGCUGGCCCGUAAGGAGUCUCUAAAGCUCCAAAAGCAGAACUACAGGCAAGAAAAGAAGCGGGCGGCCAAAGAACUAUUUAGUGCACUAAAGGAUCCGAGUGUCGUCAUCAUGUCCAACUGGCUAAAGAUCCGUGGCUCUUUAAAGGGUUGGACCAAGCUGUGGUGUGCUCUGAAGCCCGGGGUUCUUUUGAUCUAUAAGACCCCCAAGGCGGACCACUGGGUGGGCACCAUCCUGCUCAGCGCGUGCAAGCUGAUUGAGAGACCCUCCAAGAAGGACGGCUUCUGCUUCAAGCUCUAUCACCCUCUGGACAAAUCCAUCUGGGCUUUCAAGGGUCCCAAGGGAGAGAACGUUGGCUCCAUCACGCAGCCUCUACCCAGCAACUCCCUGAUCUUUAGAGCAGCUUCUGAGUCUGACGGGAGGUGCUGGAUGGAUGCCUUGGAGCUGGCUCUCAGCUGCUCCAGUCUCUACAAGCUAACAGUCAAAGGCGCCAAAGAGGGAGAUAUAUGCACAUCUUCAGAGUCCACCCAUCUGCUGCACCUGCUGCAGUCUACUGCGCUCACUGAUGCAGAGCUGCAACAGUUAAAUGACAGUGUGCUGCUGGGCAAUCACCACAUGGAGCAGGACGGCUUUUCAGACAAAUCGGAGCGCGAGGCUCACGAUGACUGGGACACCGCGACCAAUGAGAACGGCGGACGGCUGACGGAGGAGAGCGACAUGGACCAAUCAGACGAGCUGUCCACAGGCCCACAGGCCACAGCCUAUGUGGAGCAAAGCGCAGAGGAGAUGGCUGAGGCCGGCGAGGCGUCCCAGGUGGAGACCGUGUCAGAGGAGAACAAGGGGCUGAUCUGGAGCCUGCUGAAGCAGCUGCGGCCGGGCAUGGACCUGUCCAAGGUGGUGCUGCCCACCUUCAUCCUGGAGCCCCGCUCUUUCCUGGACAAGCUGUCCGACUACUACUACCACGCUGAUCUACUCUCGCAGGCUGUACUGGAGGAGAGUGGAUAUGGUCGGAUCAAGCAGGUGUUGAGAUGGUACUUGUCUGGCUUCUACAAGAAGCCCAAGGGUCUGAAGAAGCCUUACAACCCAAUCUUGGGGGAAACGUUUCGCUGCUGCUGGCUUCAUCCCCAAACCGACAGCUGCACUUUCUACAUAGCCGAACAGGUGUCCCAUCACCCGCCCAUCUCUGCCUUUUAUGUCUGCAAUAGGAAGGAUGGCUUUUCAAUCAGCGGGAGCAUCCUGGCCAAAUCCAAGUUCUAUGGUAACUCCCUGUCAGCUAUUCUGGAUGGCAAAGCCAGGCUGCUGUUCCUGGGCAGGGACGAGGAGUAUGUCAUCACCAUGCCGUAUGCUCACUGCAAAGGGAUCCUGUACGGCACUAUGACGCUGGAGCUGGGUGGGAAGGUUACCAUCGAGUGUGAGAAAACCAAGUGUUUCACAGAGCUGGAGUUCAAACUCAAGCCUUUUCUCGGAGGCGCCUGCUCUGUGAAUCAGAUCAGCGGGAAGAUCUUUGUGGGAGAGGAGCUACUGGCCACCGUGGAUGGACACUGGGACAACGAGGUGUUCAUCCAGGAGAAGCGCUCGGGCCAACAGGAGAGUCUGUGGAACCCGAGCUCAGACAUCCGCAGCAGCCGCCUCAAGAGACAAGUGGUCCAAAUCGAGCAGCAGGGAGAGUUUGAGUCCGAGAGACUCUGGCAGCAUGUGACCAGCGCCAUCAUGGACCGGGACCAGCUGAGGGCCACCCAGGAGAAGUUUGUGCUGGAGGAAGCUCAGCGGAGAGAGGCCAAGGAAAGAGGGGACAAACCCUGGAGCUCCCAACUUUUCCACCAGGACCCGGUCACCUCCGAGUGGACCUACAGGCACAUGGACACACGACCGUGGGACCCUGAGCGCUGUCUGGUUCAGUUCGAGAAGGACGGAGUGGUUCAGACGCACGAGAAGAAGCAGAGGCGACACAACGGCCUCUCCUACAGCCACAGCUGGGCCAGCCAACAGAAGGCGGAGAUGAAUGGGAAACGAAGGAAGGCCAGCAGCCAGCCGUCCAGCUGCAGCCAAAACACGGAGAGCAGCAGCACCACACCAGAACCCACACACGAGUCCUCGGACAAUGAAGGGUUCUCAAACCAGUGUGCGCGGUGCAAUAAAGAGGUGAAGGACAUUGCCCUGCUAGAGGCCUCCAUCACAUCCAUACAGAGGACCCAGCAGGACAUCCAGCGGAACCUGGUGGCUCUGAGUCGUCAGCUGACCCGUCGCAGCGCUACAGACGACAGCGUGUCGCUAACGGGCCGCCACUGUCUCAUCCUCUGUGUGCUGCUGGUCUCCCAGCUCCUCCUCAACUACGUUUUUACCUGAGCCCGCUCCUCUGGGAGGAGCUUCCCUCCAGCACUGAUCUGGCAUCAGAUCCCUCCAAAAAGCACAGACUACAAUCAGCGGACGAGGGCCGAGACCACAGAUCAGUGUUUUAGAGGGGCGCUUUGUCCCUUUUUUUGUUUCCUCUGAGGAGGGAGGAGCAUGGACAAUUAAGCAAUAAACACAGCCACAGCCACCGCCUGUCAGCGUCCUGCAGAGAGGAGCAGCACCCCCUAGUGUAGCCAGACGGAAACAGCCCGGCACCCACACACUUCGGACCGGAGAUGAGGGAUCAGAGACGAGCAUUGCUGCAAAGAUUUUCAAUAAAAAGAUGAAAUUUAAGAUGAAGAAUGAUUUUGCAAAACGAAAUGACAAAGAGGAUGUUUCACCAUUCCUUAGUAUCUUUUUUAUAUUUCCCUGCAAUACUGUUUAUCCGUUAGAGUAAUUGUAUGUGCGUUGUUAGUACCUACACUACAGUAGGCCCUAUAAUCGCAGGCAGCGCAUCACUUGGGAUUUCUCCUGCUCACUUUCCACUCCAGAUUUGGGCCUUAAAUGCUGAAGCCAAAAAGAGGAAGGAAAAACAAGAGAAAUGUAGAAGGAAUAUCUUCCAACAGUGCAAUUCUGUGCGUUUUCUAUUGAUGUACACUCAAAUACACUCCGUCUCGUCUUUAAAUGCGGAUGAUUUUACCAAAACAGUAUUUAUAAUCCGAAAGGACAGAGUACUUGUUUACAGGGAGCACUGUGUGUGUUUGUAGUGGCACGUAGGAAGGCUAACGGGCAGGAGGCAGGGCGGACUGCCAAAAAGAGUGUCUUUUGUACUUGUGUGCCUGUGGUGCUGUAACGGAAGGGAUCACGGCGCUGCUUCCGGUCUGGACCGCGGCACGAGUGCGUACAAUCAGUCGGAAGAGAGGGCCGGUGGAAUGGGUGAAAAUACACUAAAAUAAUGUCCACACAUUGGCCUGAUAGAAGAAGACAGUUUGUGUGUGCGUCCUUGUCCACACCACUUUCAAAUGUCUGUUUAAAGAUGUUAACACUUAGUAAUGAGUCGUCUUUUUUUUUAUUUUUUUUUUAUCAACUUGUAUAUAUAAAUGUUUGUCUGGAGGCCUGCGUUUCAAAGAGAGAUUUCAGAAUGUAUUUAUUGGGUGAUUAACUUAACCUUCCUAAUCUAAUACAGCUUGCAGGACAGAGACCCGGGACAACAAUUGCUCUCCCAUUGUUGUGCGUGUCUGUCCAUUUGUAUGUUAGUGAAUGUGUGUGAAGGAGCACAUGUGUGUGAGUAGGCCAUUACGGUUGUGCUAUACAAAACCAGAUCUGUGAUCUCAGUUUUACUGGUUUUUAAACCUUGAAUUUUAGUCUCCAGUCCUGAUCUGCCCAACCGGAGAGAACAAGAGCACAAGAAGGAAGUCGACUUUGAAUGCUUUUAUUUACACCUUCAUUUGUUUGUUCUUUUCAUUCUUUUCCUGUUUUGUACUCUACUGCCAUGUGGUGGGAUUCUACAUGCCGGAUGUUUUUGUCAUAUUGAACGAAACUACAGAGAACAUGAGGUCGCCCGAUGUUUGCAUUCAUACUCGUUGCGUACUGUAGCACAACAGUAAAACAUUUUAACCCCGUCA